AUCGAUUCCGUUUUAAUUGGAAUAAACGAAAACAAUGAAAUUCAGGCAUAUGUGACAGAUCCCGUGGAUUUCAAGAAGUCACUGAGUGGUACACCAAGAGUGAGGAUAUCGUACAUAAAAUCAUCCGACUAUUUUCACAACGUUACGGUGACUCUGAAAGGGACCUCUGGUCUAGAAGACAUGUACUUUGUUCAGGAUUCGCCUUCCUCGAGUUUGUCGGAAUCCGCAUAUAUGGAAGUACCUCAAGGAGUCUACGAAUGUAUUGUUAGUAGCAAUGAAGAGAAGCAUCUGUUUGAAAAACAUUUCCAUUUGGCUUAUGGAGGAGUUUAUUCUCUAGUGAUUAGAGGAAGCCGGGGAGAAAUAGCGUUUGCAAAACUCUACACUAUGUCGGUACCAAAUACUGUUAAUAUUUUGUGGCAAAUUCCGCAGUAUUUUCUCAUUUCCGUUGCGGAGAUCAUGUUUGGUGUAGCUGGACUUGAAUUUUCAUUCACACAGGCCCCAAGAAGUAUGAAAACUGUUACAAUAGCUGGAUGGUAUUUAUCAGUGGCAGUGGGGAAUUUUUUGGUUAUAAUUAUAACCCAACUGAAUAUGUUCCGGAGUCAGGCUCACGAGUUUUUCUUAUUCGCAAUCCUCAUUGUCGCAGAUAUGAUGUUAUUUAUGGAAAUGGCAUCAAAUUAUAAGUUUGUGCAAAUGAUCGACACGCCAACAUCAACUUCUACUAUUUUCCUUACCGAAGAAGUCAUUCCAUUCGAAGAAUAUUACAGUGAUGAAGACAGUGGAGAACAAUGACAACAUGUAAAUAAUCGUAAAGGACCAUUCCAUUCAAUGGAAUCACGAGUAAAGGUUUCACACAUA